UUCGCCAUACAGUUACGAAAGUAACUGCGCAUGCGCACAAGCCAUUUGCCUGACAUUGAGAACAGGACUGCGUUUCCUCAUAGUUUCAAGUGGAAAUUAAACAGAUCCAUCAUGGUCAGUGGGAAGCGCAUCGCUGAUGUGGGUUACAAGCUCUUCUCGGGCUCCAUGAUGCUGUUGACAGUGUACGGCGGAUACCUCUGUGUCAUGCGGGCUCAACGCUACAUGCAGAGGAAGAAACAGCUGGAGCUGUCGGCACAGAGUGAGAGCGGAGCUUCAGAAACCAUUAAAGACUGAAGAUACGGGCUGUAAAAUAAUCACUUGACCGGACACUGAUCAUGUCACAUGAAUGGGACAGUGCGUGGCCCAGCAGAUUGUCAGCCAAAACCCACCUGCGUUCAUGACCCUGAAAGGGUUAUUUAAAUGAGAUCUUAUGUGUUGUAAUAUAGUAAAUGUUUCUUGUGAAAUCUACUAGCAUGAGUGUUUAUGCAUGUCCUGUAGAUCUGCAGGGCUCCCAUAUCUGCUGACAAAUGAUUUUACCAUGUUUUUCCAAGUGUGAAAAUGGUUGUGAAGAAUACACAGCAUAUUUUUGAGCUGAAUAUAAAAUUAAAAUAUUAUAUUCCAGUUAUUUUUUAUGACAA